CUAGAAUUCUUAGCCGUCAUCUGUUGUAUUGGUGUGUCUGAAUUUUUAGUGAAAUUUUCCAAUAUUUUCUAUUAUAAUUGCCCGUUAACCACGGCGAUUUUUGCUGAUUUGGUGCCGAACAUCCGAAGGAGUGAAAAGGUUAAGAAUACAUCAUGUUCUCAUUCCAUCGCCCAAAGGUUUAUAGAUCAUCGACAGGGUGUUGUAUCUGCAAGGCCAAAUCCAGCAGUUCCAGGUUCACCGAUAGCAAAAAGUAUGAAGAGGAUUUUUUGGAAUGCUUUAAACUAUCUCAACCGAGACAAGGCGAGAUAUGCAACGCGUGCGUCUUGCUAGUAAAAAGGUGGAAGAAACUGCCAGCAGGAUCUGAUAGAAACUGGCAACAUGUGGUUGAUGCGCGAGCGGGGCCCGGCAUCAAAUCGAUGACCAAGUUCAAAGUGAAAAACAGGAAACUGGAAGAGAAGAAGAAGAAAGCACUGGAGUCAAUGGAGACUGAUCAACCGUUCGAUAGGGAAGCCAGUCCAGACUCGUCUUCUGAAGGAAACGAGGAGAACGAAGACUUCUUGGGUGGGCAUUUGGGUCGAGUGGACAGCCCUGGAGGUAGCGAUGGCGAGGAGGUGAGAGACUGCAGUAGGAGAAGUAGAUAUAAGGCCAUAGCUAGACGUAGACGGCAGGAAUUGGAGAUGGUCAGUGAUUUUGUCGACUUGGGUUACUGGAAAAGGGAGACCGUGUGCUGCGGUAUAAUUUUCAAAGGCCUGAACAACGAAAUCAUGGUCGAUCCUAGCUACAUGAAGCCGUGCCGUUUCCGGCAGGCAGCUAGCUGCAAGCUGCAAGUGCUCAGCGGCGCGAAGCCUUCCGAGCCUUUAGCCACGAAGGCUUACAGCGAUAGCAGCUCCGAUUCCGGCUACGACGAUUCGUCGAAUCAGAGCGCGUUGUCGGACAGCGCUACGGCGAUCCUGAAAAAGGACAGCGUCGUCAGCAACAGGAUGGUGUGUAUAGCGGAAAUGCACCGGAUGGCCUCCAGGGUCAAUUAAUGCAGGUUGUUCUCCUAGGUUGUUUUAAUUUAUUCCAUAGAUUUUUUCAUUGUGUUCGCGGGUACGGUGUGCUUGUAGCAGACGCGAGGUGGCGACUUUGAAUGUUUUGCCGAAUAGAUUUUUAGGUCUUUGCUGCGAUAAGAGACAAGUUGUUGAAAGCGUGACCAGUGCAGAUAUGGGCGUUAUAAUCGUAUAGUUUGAAGGGAUAAAGGGAAGUUUUUUAGGCAACAGACAUGGACGCCCGCAGGUCUUGGAAUCUGGUUGAACCUCAAAGUACCAGGCACAAAACUUUUGGAAUUUGACCAGUGGUCAAUUCUAAUGAAAAUUCAUAUAGAGAUUGUUCGAUCAAAUGUUUCAAUGAGCGCAAAUCCCAGAAAUGUUUUCUAUUGGAAAUGCAGAGUACACCCAUUUUUGUGGCCAAACAAAGAAGGAGAAAACUUCUUUUUUGGAUUCAAUCGAAAGUGUUGACAGAAACGAAAAAACUUUUCAUGUAAGAUUUUUAGGUAUUUAAGAGACCUAAAAAAUGAUACCACACGUAAAAAGAUCCUACUGAUAGCAAAAAUGUUAUGGCCGACGAUAAUUUCACGCAACUACUUGAAAUUCUUCAAAACCGUAGGAUUCAUUCUUCUAAAUAACCACAACAAAAUGUGGUUUUUUUUUUGAACAAAUGCGCUACGGUUUUCGAAAAACAUACGUUACCAUACACAUUUUGAAACAAACCGGAUGUGUUUAUCAUCUAUGUUGCGAAUUACUCACAAAUACGAAACGUAUCACUUUUCGCAUAAAAAUAACGUUUAUCUUCCGGAAUGGUUUGCGAUUCAUAUCGGCAAGGUAAACACGUGCAUUUUGCUAUAAAAUGCCCUGUAUAUUGCUCAAUAACCUAGUAGUGAUGGCCGGAAGACAGGUGUUUUGAGACAAACAAUUAGAAAAUCUCAAAAACUACUUAAUUUCUGACCACAGUUUGGUAUAUUUCUGCAUUGAAUGUAAAAAAAUUGUUAGGUGUCCGAAAUAUGUACUUACUAGAGACAUAAGAAACAUCGAUCACUCCUUAUUAAAAGAAGUUGCAUCGUCUCUCUAUUGGUUAGAUGUAGUCCAUUUAGAAAGCAUUGAAGACAAGUUGCGAUAUUUUUAUGAAUUGGUUGAAAAGGUACUCAACGUUUGUGCUCCUUUUAAAACCAAAAAGAUUACCAAAGCACGGUAUCCUUGGAUUACUACUAAUAUCAAAUUUAUGAUGCGACUGCGAAAUAAGGCUUAUUCUCAAUAUAUUAAAGCAGUAAAGAACAAGUAUCCCAGUGAAAUAAUAGCUUCAAAAUGGAUAUAUUAUAAACAGCUUAGAAAUCUUGUCACAGCCUCUUUCAGGAGGGAAAAGAAAGCUUACAUUGAAUAUAAACUGAGACAAAGCAACAAUAGUCGAGAAUGGUGGAAUGCUAUCAAAAACAUUGGCGUUCAUGGUUCUAAAAAUGAUAACCGGUGUUCAAUACAGC